AUCCAGCUUUUCAUCGUACGGACUCUAAGAAGAAGAAAAAAAUGGCAGGAGCAAGUAGUCUACUGAGUGCCACUAGAGCUCUUCAGUACUCAGAUCAUCUUACUUCUUGUUCUUCUUCUUCUUCCUCAGCCGCUGCUGCCUUAUCUUCUUCUUGCCCUCUCCAAUUUCCAUGGAGUGGAGGGGCAAAGCCAUGCAGAGUCCAGUUGAGGAAGAGAAUGGCAGUCUCUUUGGCCACCACCGUCGGCUUGCCGGACACCAAGCAGAAGCCUCUCCUGCGAGAAGGCGUCGUGAAGGUGGCCGGCACUCUCCUCCGACUCCUCAACCCUCCGAAAUUGAACCCAAAACAAUGGAGAACUCGCGCGGAGAUGCUCGUCGAAAAGGGCGUCACCGGUUGCAGAUCCUUCACUCUGAUCGCAGUUGCAGGAUCGAUCAUCGGUUCGAUCUUGUGUUUCGUCGAGGGUUGCUUCUUUGUUCUUGAAGCUUUUUACCAAUAUUUCCAAACAGUUUCUUCAAGCACAAAUCAAGGAAGGAUCACCCAAUCGCUUGUCGAAUCGAUAGACAUGUUCCUGGUAGGAACUGCUCUUCUCUCUUUCGGAAUCAGCCUCUACGUCAUGUUCGUGAGCUCAGACGACAUGAAGCAGAAGAAAAGAAGGCAGAUUGCUGAAUCUACGUUUGGGCCCUUCAAUCUCAAGAAGCUGGCCAAAAGCAUGGGAAUGCAGUCGAUAUCGGACGCGAAGUCGAGGCUCGGCCACUCGAUCCUGCUGAUUCUGCAGGCAGGAAUGGUGGAAAAGUUGAAGGAGGUGGAGUUGGUGAGUGGAAUGGACUUGGCUUGCUUUGCAGGAGCUGUCUUCGUCUCCUCUGCUUGUGUUUUCGUACUCUCCAAACUCUCAAUUCCAAGGGGAACUAACGCGUUCAGUACUUGAAGCCAUUUGCUGGAACUGAGUUGGUUCAUCAAUUUAGUUCGUAGGCAGAGAUUGUGAAAAGAUUCUUUUGAAUUCUUUUUGCUCUUGUGAUAGAUAGAUACAUACAUAAAUGGAUAGAAAAAAAUUAUUAUAUAUAUAGAGAGAGAGAAUGAUCUUUCUAUGUUGUGAAUAAGUUUCUUAGUGUUGAGGUUCCAUAAAUAACAG